AUGAUAUCUCCUCCCCUCUCCCAGGAAUCUGCUUUUGAUUCAAACGUCAUUGCACCGCAGGUCUACUCUGGACUAGAAUAUGUCUCGAAUAAGCUGCAGUCUAACACGUUGCACUUGACUCUCAUCCUGUCGCGUGCUAAACCGCUGCCGAUUGGCCAAGGGUGCAACCUCACCGUGUUUCCCGUCAAUACCCUCUCGGAUAAUGCGCGCCAUCUCUUCAACAAGUACAUUCGGCGGGCGGCAAGGAAAUAUAAUCUUCAACCGAAAUGGAUGGCCCUCUCGUCAUCAAGCAUUGGUAUGGAUGCGGUGUUCAAUCCGGAAUAUCUCAUCGAUCGAUCACUGAAACAGAACGAUGUAUUGAUAAGCCUUGAGGGACUCACCAUUCUGAACAUCGAUCGCACGUACACUCUUAAGCAAUACCUUAACGCCCUCUCCACUCCUUGGGUUACCCCAAACACCACGAUCGACAGUAUCCCCAGUCACAUCUAUACCGACGCUUGCCUCUGUCUCCUUCGGAGGGCUGUGCAAAGUACUGGUGGCCGCCCAUUCACCAAGUCAUUCUUUUAUCACGCUUAUAACCAUCUCCACUUUGAGGACCAGCUUAUCGUUGACAUAGCAAAUGAGUAUGUCGCCCGUUAUAAGCAGGUGGCCAUCGUCUUGCCAAAACCUCCGCCUCCCGAGCCUGUGUCUGAGCCUGAGUGCAAGCAAAAUCCUGGACAAAAGCCAGAAACCAAACCAGAAGUGGUAGCAGACUCCAAGCAAGAGAAACUGGAGAAACAGAAGGUCAAGAAGAAGGAGAUAGCAGCUUCGUCAUCUGCCACAAGGAGAGUUAGCUUUGCGAAAGCACUCUCCCCCCUCAGAGCCAGGACACCCCAUAGUGCGUCUGAUGUAACACCAAUUACCCGAAGUGAAUGGAACAUCCUCGUGAGCGAUUCGACUGUCAGAAGGAAGAAGCCAGUCCAGCUGACGGUGCCUCAGGGCCCUGAAUGUGUCACAGAUAUAGAAGAAGAUGGAAUCAUAUAUGACUUCAAUUGGAAGGAUAUCGAGGCGUAG